CGCCGGGCUGAGCUGGGUCGGCCGGCUGGCCGUGCUCGCCGCUCGCUACCGGUAAACCGGUGAGGGCGCGCUCCCGAACAGGGUGCCGGGCGGAGCCGUUGAUGUCCCGGUCGGUUCCAAGCUGAAAGUCUCGUCAGGUUAUGCAACAUAAAGAGGGCAGGAGGAUGGUGGGAGCACUGGAACCCCUUGGUGCUCUCUCCCGCUGGUACCUAUAUGCCAUCCAUGGUUACUUCUGUGAGGUGAUGUUUACAGCUGCUUGGGAGUUUGUCAUCAAUUUCAACUGGAAGUUCCCAGGAGUUACCAGUGUAUGGGCUCUGUUUAUCUAUGGCACAUCCAUCAUGGUGGUGGAGCGAAUGUACCUGUCCCUCAAGGACCGAUGCCCAGGUUUUGUGAGAUGCCUCAUCUACACCCUCUGGACCUACAUCUGGGAAUUCUCAACGGGAUAUAUCCUGCGUCAGUUCAAUGCCUGCCCUUGGGAUUACUCCCAGUUUGACUAUGACUUCAUGGGGUUAGUUACACUGGAGUAUGCAAUCCCCUGGUUCUGUGCUUCCUUCAUUGUGGAAAAGUUGGUGAUCAGGAAUACCCUGCGUUUGAGGUUUGAUGAAAACGGGGAGCCGCGAUCUCCUGCCAUUGCCCCAGCCACACUGUGGGACCACUUGAGGCUCAGGAAAGAAGAGUAGAGACUGCUCUGUGCUCCAUUCAAUGCUUUACAGAACUGGCAGAGAGCAAACUGUGACAUUGAACAAGACCUUUUAUUUUUGUACCAUCUCCUUGUCAGAAAUAGCUUUUUCACGAGUUCAGACUACAAUGCUCUGCGAUUUGGGUGAUUAUCUCUGUGUGGUGUCCACACCUCCAGUGCAUGCACUGAUAAUUGACGAGUAUUUUAUGAUCACACACCAUGGCUCAAGCCAGGAGACCAACAGAUAACCUUUUAUUUAUACUAACUUAUUUCAUUUCCCGAAAUCUCCCAUACCCCACCAACCAGUCACUGCUUCAGAAAGUUACUUUGCUUUUACCUGACUGGUUAGUCUUACAAGAGGGUUAUGGAAAUGACUGCAAACGUGCAAAGGUCACACAUACUAUUUUGUUUCUUUGCAUAAUGCCCCCAGAUUGUUCCAGAGUGGUGUUGGGGGAUGCAUAUAAUUUAAUAUUUGGGUUGGAGCUCCCUCUGCAAACAACAUAAGAUGCAAUUACAAAUGGGACAUUGUGUGUGUUUGGAAGUUGGACUUUUGAAGGAAAAACGUGUGCUCAAUUGUAGUUCAAGGGUUACUCUCAAUUCCACAUCCUGACUAAACAUUCCUGCAUUUGUUACAAUAAAGCCCAUUGCUAUUGCUGA